AUGGAUGGAAAAAAACUGGUUACCCUUUUUUUUUUUCUUUUUUUUCUUUCCCCAUGUCCUCGUGAUCAUUCACACGUUUCUGGCCAAGCAGAAAAAUGGGAAGAAGCCCCGCCCCCACACAUCAUCAAACGGACAAAGUCGGGGGCCCGUGGGAGACGCAGGACAAAGUGCGGGCGAAGCUUGCUGCUGUGCGGGACGCCUGCGGAUGGGGAGAGAUUGUGGGUGAUGGGCUGGUUCUGGCCCAGAUCCAUAGGAAGAGUUCCGCCAUUGCGGGAUGGCGGUGACUUGUGUUUGGGUCGUGUCGAUCGAUGUGUGCGUGGACAGGAAACCUUCUUGUGGACGUCGGCGACGACGAUGGGCGGCGGGUGGAGGACCUCACGACGGGCCUGGCCAUCGCUGUUUUUUCCGGGCCGCAGGGUGAUUCCAUCCGUCCAAGGUAGGUCACGUGGUGUAGCAUACUGGUACUAA